UGCCAAAAACUUGCGUAAAGCCUCUUAAAAUUCAAGAAAAACAGUUGAAAAUGUGUUAAAUUAAAGAGCAAUUCGUUGGAUGACUAACAUUUGUGCAACAAAUCACAUAAAACGUGACUAAAUCUUUAACAUUUUAGUGCAGUCUAGAAGCAGCGGAAGUCGUUAAUCAUUACCCUUGCGGUCUCAACAGCACUCUCACAUGCGCAGGAGCUGUGUUGUGUGGACAAUAUAAUAAUAAUAAAAAAUAAAGCAAACAAACAGGCGCUGGCUGUUCUUAUCCAUAUGGCCUUGUGCUGCAAGGAGUUGCAACUAAGCAAUUUCACAGGGAAACGACCAACACGGAACAUGGUAGUGUGAGUGCGUUGCGUGUACUUGUGCGCGUCAUUGUUGCAGUUCAAAUGCCUAGCCGCUUAAAUUAACAGAAAUAGAACGUGGUCGUGUCAGAGACAUAAAUGUUUAUGCGUUUUAUGUAGUAGUAAAGCAAAACAUACAAUGAAUCCGUCGGAAUUGCGUAUGAUGUGGAUGAGCAGUCAAUACAACUCUGAGCGAAUUUCACUGGAGGAUGCUGCUACAAUGCUUGGUCACCCAUCUGUAGGUCUUUCUGUUAUGGAGGAUAUGACACAUCAACCAACUUUGGAUCUCAAUCCAAUGAUGAGCAUUGUUGGGGGGGAUUUCACGGGCCAGGCUGCGGUAGCUGCUGCCGCUUUGGGCAUGCAGCCGGGCACCUUUAUAGCAAAUAAUACCAACAAUCUAUACGGGUUUGCCCAUAUGGGUGGCCUGCAGCAGCAAUUGCUGCAACAGAGCGCGGCAGCUGUUUUUCAAAAUUAUUCUGGUGUCAUGGACGAUGAUGAGACCAUUGGCGGUGGCGGAAAUUCGGUAAUUGGUGCUGGUAGCACCUUGAUGGGCGACGAUGGCGGCGUUGGCAUUGGCUCCACGGCAAUGGAUGAUGACCAGCAGGUCUACGGCCAUGUGGAUGAUACAUAUGAUGAUGGCGGCGCAAGCGGUGGCAUGUCUGAUCUCGAACCCAAGCAAGAAAUUAUAAAUAUCGAUGACUUUGUAUUGAUGAACGAGGAAAAUUCAUAUGAUGGGACAGAUUUUAUGACAUCCUCGGAUAAGGAUUUGUCGCAAUCCUCAUCAUCAUGCAUGACAAAUCUACCGGGUCUUGGUACCGGGGUGGAGCAUGAUUUGGUGGUACCGCUCAGUGACGGACUGCUCCAACAUAAGCUACUGGGAACCACACACGCCAUUGUCAACACGACGAACGCCGCCCCGCUACCGUCUCUCUGCACCAACAAUGCAGGAAGCAAUGCCUUUGGCAACAUUAUGGUCUCAGGCGAACCGCUCAAGAGCCAGCAAUACAGCCUGAGUGAUGGUGGUGGUAAAAGUGGUGUUGCACUUGGCAGUGGUGGUGGUGGUAGCGCUGGCAGUGGUGGCAGCACAAUGCGCUCCCAACGCAAAACGCGCAAAAUUGAGCCGGUAAACAGGCCAGGACUCGUGCUUAAAACGCCGAUAGCCUAUAAGGGCAACAUUGAUCCGUCGGUGAUACCGAUACAAAAAGAUGGCAUGGCUGUCUGUGAACGUUGCGGCGCCAUCGGUGUGAAGCACACAUUCUAUACAAAAUCCCGUCGUUUUUGUAGUAUGGCCUGCGCUCGUGGCGAACUAUAUUCCCUCGUUUUGAACAGUAAAAUGGAUGCACAGCAAUCUGCAAGUCCGCCCGCACCUGUCGUUACUGGCAACAACAGCAGCUUGGAUAAUGUUGUCGACUCGUUGCCGCCAAGCAGUGAGGAUCAGCAACAACAUCAGUCUGACAUUGAGCUCGCUCUGCGAGCCGCCCACAUUAAGAAUGCGAACUAUCGUUUCCGCAUAACAGACCAAUCGAAGAUAACACAGCUCAAUGGCUUCGGUGAGCCCAUGUCCCUGAUCGGCGAUGCAGCCUCAAAUGUACAAAUGGCCGCAGACGAGACCAUUGCAGCUCUAAACGGAGGCGCGGUUGGCGACGCCGCGACGCCAACCACAGCAAAUGGGGGCGGUGGUAUUGAGGGUGAUGCCAACAGUAAUACCUCACCAGCAACUAACUCUAACUCAUCGUAUCCGACACCGAAGGCCUUACGCAUGUUUCGCGAUGUUUUUCCUCAGGAUGAGCUGCCUCAAAUACCCAAAUAUGAACGUCUUCCAGCGUCGUGUCCGCAAAUGGAGAAAAUCAUUAGUAUUCGGAGACGUCUAUACGAUCCUUCACAUUCGCACGACUGGAUGCCGCGUCUGGGAAAAACAAACUUUGUGGCUGCCCCCGUCACCUGUUUUCCACAUGCACCCGGCUACGAAGUCUGGGAUAAUUUGGGUGUGCAGAUGAAGGUGGAGGUAGAGAACACAGAUUGCGAUAACAUCGAAGUAAUUCAACCAGGUCAGACCCCCACCUCGUUUUGGGUUGCCACCAUUCUGGAGAUUAGUGGCUACAAGGCUCUUAUGCGCUAUGAGGGCUUUGAUACGGGCUCGCAUGAUUUUUGGGUGAAUCUAUGCAAUGCCGAGGUGCACUCCGUCGGAUGGUGUGCAACGCGGGGCAAGCCUUUGAUACCACCACGCAGCAUCGAGCACAAGUACAAGGAUUGGAAAGACUUUCUGGUGGAACGCUUAUCUGGCGCACGGACGCUCCCCUCGAGUUUUUAUAACAAAAUUAACGAUAGCAUGCAGUCACGUUUUCGUCUAGGUCUGAAUCUCGAGUGCGUCGAUAAGGAUCGCAUAUCCCAAGUGCGACUAGCCACCGUCACCAAAAUUGUAGGCAAGCGCCUCUUCUUGCGCUACUUUGACUCGGACGAUGGGUUUUGGUGUCAUGAGGACUCGCCCAUUAUACACCCCGUGGGGUGGGCUACUACAGUGGGACAUAAUUUGGCUGCGCCACAAGACUAUCUGGAGCGCAUGUUAGCGGGUCGUGAGGCCAUGAUUGAGGUGCAUGAGGACGAUGCUACAAUCGAACUCUUCAAAAUGAAUUUCACCUUUGACGAAUAUUUCCUGGAUGGCAAGACGAACGGCUUCAUCGAAGGCAUGAAAAUUGAAGCAGUUGAUCCACUCAACCUUAGCUCUAUUUGCCCGGCCACUGUUAUGGCGGUCCUAAAGUUUGGCUACAUGAUGAUACGCAUAGAUUCGUACCAGCCGGACGCAUCAGGGUCAGAUUGGUUUUGCUACCACGAGAAGUCGCCCUGCAUCUUCCCAGCUGGUUUUUGUGCCUCAAACAAUAUUACUGUGACUCCGCCCAAUGGCUAUGAUGCACGCACCUUCACCUGGGAUGGCUAUUUGCGCGAUACUGGUGCUAUAGCGGCCGGUCAGCAUCUGUUCCAUCGUGUGGUGCCUGAUCACGGCUUUGAGGCCGGCAUGAGCUUGGAGUGUGCUGAUCUUAUGGACCCCCGGCUCGUUUGUGUAGCUACUGUGGCACGCGUUGUUGGUCGCCUGUUGAAGGUCCACUUUGACGGUUGGACGGAUGAGUAUGACCAGUGGCUCGACUGCGAGUCCGCGGACAUCUAUCCAGUUGGCUGGUGUGUACUUGUAGGUCAUAAACUUGAAGGCCCACCGCGGGUUUCGCAGCAGCAAGUGCCCAAAGCAACUCCAAAGACAAAGGUACAGAAAAAGAAGAAGACCAAAAAAGGCACCAAUGGUGCCUCGCCAUCUAGUGGAGCUACUAAGCAAGCGCCUGACACCAAGACAACAACAGCGACAGUAAAAUCACGCACAAUCGCUUUGAAGACAACGCCCCAUUUGCCCAAGCUAAGCAUUAAGCUCGAACUGAAGCCCGAACAUCACAAUGCAGCAUUCUAUGAAAACAGCCAGCCCGAGGAGGAGGAUGAUGAGUAUGGAGAUGCCGAUGGGGACGGUAGCACCAGCCAUGUAUCCGAGCAGUCAACUACACAAUCAAUUGCCACCGAUCAGGGAUGCGGCGGAGCCGGCACAACGCCAGCCGCAGCGGUAACGCCCAUUGUGGCCAACAAAACAACGGUAAAGAAACCUUCCACUACUAAAUCUCCUGCGCCACCAACUGUGGGUCGCAAAGCCACUAGCUACAUUGCGAACUCAGCGGUGACCAACAGCAAGUACAUUCCACGUCUCGCGGACAUAGAUUCCAAUGAAGCUCAAGUGGACCUUAUGCCCGAAUCUUGGAACGUUUACGAUGUGUCGCAAUUUUUGCGGGUCAACGACUGCACUGCCCACUGCGACACAUUUAGUCGGAACAAAAUCGAUGGCAAGCGGCUGCUGCAGCUGACCAAGGACGAUAUCAUUCCCCUGCUGGGAAUGAAAGUGGGACCAGCGCUGAAAAUCUCCGAUCUAAUUGCCCAGCUUAAGUGCAAAAUAAAUCCCGGUAAGGCUCGAUCGCACAAAACCAACAAGACGUCGUUUUUAUAGUGCGUGUUAAGUUGGCGCACUCUUCCAAUGCUGCUAAUUCGGCUGAAGGUUUAGGAAAAGCAGAAUAUACAUAAACACAUGUGUGAAAAAUGAAAUAACAAACAUAAGCUGCUAUUGCACAUCUUAGUUGAUCACACAAUUGUUAUUUUCGAACAGGGAGUUCAUAGACACAUGCCCUUUAACGUACACAUUUGCAUAUACAUACUACUUUAUACUACACAUAUAGUAUUUUGUUAGAACUUGAAAUUGAAACACAUACGUUGCCUAUAAUGGAAUAAAAUAUCCACAUACAAUUUGUAUAACAACUAAUUCAAGUCUCACAUCGCGCUAUUUUGUACGAUUAGUCGCGAUUAGUAAUACGCAAUGUUAUCAGUCCGAGUUUCUAUAUACAUACAUAUAUAGAACGUGAAUUGAAAAAGGUAUAAAUUUUAUUACACAUACAUAUUUUUAUAAUAGCUCAAAUAAGUGAAGAGGAAAUAAAUAUAUAAGAUUGUUAAAUGUACAUAGGUUUUGUGCUUGUGUGGAAACUCAGCCGCAAGCUAACUCAACCAACUAUAUUAAAGCCCAAUAAUGAAGGUAUCUACAAAUCAGACAGCUUGUAGAGCAUCAUCCAGUUUAAAAAAAAAACCGCACCUAGUCUGUAAGUCAGAGUUACAAGCAAACAGUUACAUGAGAAGUUCAUCUCGAAACUUGUCACAUAUUCUAGUUUGCAAUAAUCAUAUGCGUGUACUUUUUUUAAAAAGGAACCUUACUUAUUUAUUAGCUUACGUACAUAUAAGGAAAUAUAGCAGCU